CUUUCGCAGCGUGCGCCUCGUAACGGGACUUCAGCCGAGAUCCUUGCUCCGUUCCAAGCCAACUGCCGAUAGCGAACAUAGACCGCAUUCGAUCCGAGAUGUCGGAGCUGAAGCCACGAGCCAGUCCCGCGCCCAUGCUACUCCUCCUGCUGGCCAUCGUCCUGCCCCAGCAGGUGCCCCUCGUCGCCGGAGGGUCCUGCCGCGAGGCGCAGCUCUGCUGCACCGGCCGCGACUCGUCCUGCGUCGUCCAGAAGGCCCCGAUCAACGCCAUCAUCGAGGACCUCAGCGACAAGCCCUGCUACUGCGACCACGCCUGCCUCAAGCUCGGCGACUGCUGCGACGACUUCAAGGACCACUGCGGAGUGCUGGACUGCCAGGUGGGCGACUUUGGGGCCUGGAGUGAGUGCGACAAGAGCUGCGGCACUGGGAUGAUGACCCGAACCCGGCAGAUCCUGCAGGCGGCCCAAAACGGAGGCAAGCACUGCCCCACUUUGCAGCAGAAGCGCAGCUGCCAAGGAUACCGCUGCCACGGACAUCACGAUAAGAAGAUACUGCGAGAAAUGGCCCUGCUCCUGCCAGCUGCACUUUCGCACAACCACCACGUCAACGACAGUAGCGACAUCCGGCGCAAUCUGCGCACGCGCUACCGCGACUCCUACAAGCACAACCAUGAUCAAGAAUACUGUGUGGAAUUCGAAGUAAUCAAAGCUUCCAAGGCCUGCCACAAGUUACCGCCAUACAAUCUAAUGCUGGAAGGCGAUCGCAUAACAGUGCGCUGUGACCUCGAGGCGUUGAUCCAGGACUCCGCCGGCAGCUCCACCACCGCCAGGACACCCCAAGGCACCGCCCCGCCGCCCACCACCACCGCCUCCGGCCAGCGGGCGGAUGACCUUGAGGAGGAGAGGCAGCAGCAGAGGGAGAACAGCAGCGGCAGCGACGAGGAGCCAGAGGCGGAGGAGGAGGAGGAGGAGCAGGAGCAGGAGGAGCAGGACGACCUGCAGAACGCCCUGGACACGGACAGCAACGAGAGCUCCGAUUACCGCCACCAGCGACAGUCCCAGAUGCAAACGUUCCACAGCCGCCGGACAGCGGGCAAGCGCAGCGCUGUCCCGGCCACGCCCCCGCCCACGCUGGCGCCCACCUACCACUGCCGGGGGGAGGGGCUGGCCGGGCGCACGACACGCUGGAGCGCGCUGCCGGCGCCGUCGUGCCGCGGCAAGUGGCUCCGCCUGACCGUCGGACCGCCGAAGAAGUGCGGCCACGCCCAGUUCAUCUUUGUCUAAGGCGAUGCAUCCGGCGAUCUUUUUUUUUCCGUGUAGGUUACGGUGUACGGCCACCCCCCCAUCAUAUCAUAUCAUAUCGCCCACAACCCCGACCCCCGACCCCGCCCACUCAACCGAACGCCCCUUCACUUCCGGCCCGGACACAAGUACCCCAUUGUAUGUAAGCGUUUAAACAUUAAGCCAGUGGAUUAAGAAGAUCAUAGCAUAUGUGUGAGGUCAGUUUUUUUUUGUCUCGCUGGAGAGGCGAUCCGGAAGAUAUAGUUGCACUGCCAGUGGAAAGCAUAUGGAAUAUGGAGGAUUACCACACGUUGCACCAGGCAAAGUUGCAUGUCCAGUUGCAUGGUGGGAAAUGCCACAUGAAAAUUUAAAAACAUUUAAGACACCCUUAGUCGAGUUUCAUAUACUUCAGGAUUUUUUAAUCACUUUGAUUAAUUUAUAAAAUUCUGUAGAUGUAUCACAAUUCCCAAUAAUAAAUAUUCAAUGGAUUCGCAAAAAAACAAGCAUAGAUUUAGGUUGCCUAUGUCCGCCACGAAAUAUUUUCUUUACGAAAUCGACAAAUGGGUUCCGAAAUAUUUAAGUAACUUUAGGCAAUAUAAAUACUAUUUAACAACUUGUAUGCAGAUUUUGAUCACCCUUUUCCGACACAUUUAUAUAAAAGCAUUUCAAAAGUUUUUUAAGCAUCUCUGAAAAGAUAAUUCCCACUUCGUUUUAAAGCUAAUAGUGUCGCUGAAAUCGUAAAGAUUAUUGUGAUGUUCAAUUAAUCGAGUUGGCAUAAGGAAGAUCCGAAAAAAGCUUUUAAACUCAUUCAAAAAUAAUUAAAUGUUUUAAAUAAUAUUAUAAAAAUUAUAUGUUACACAAAACAUCAAAAUGUGAACGAAUGCAAAACUAGUAUGUGCAACUUUGUAGCGCAUUUAUCAACCAUAUGUCCAUAUUGAAAAAUAGGCCCUGCAACCCAAAACCACGGCUGUUGUGGACUUUCUUCGGAUAGCUUUUCUCUAAGUAGCUUAGGAAACCCCCUCGAGUAAACUCCAAAUAUGACGGGGGUCAAUGAGGACGCUCAUCUUGGAUCGGAUAAUACUAGAAACUAGAGACUAAGUCAUCAAAUACCGCAUAACAUCGUCAGCGAACACGGAGUCGGGCUGCGUAGUGAAAGAACCUAUAUAUAUGGAUGUGCAUGAGUGUAUCUGUCGAAUCGUUAGUUCCCCGACUUGCAUCAUACCCACACUCAAUGUCCAAGGCAAGUUGUGCGCCAUGAUUUCAGUUAUCCAACUGUCGGACAACCUUCUGGAGUCGGAACUAGCGUUUGGAUCUUAGCAUUAAUCUGGAUUUUAGGUACACACGAAUGUCGAAAGUAAUUAAUAAAAUUAUAAUUAAACAAAUAAUGAGAUCAUUCAAUAAAGAACGAGUAUAAUUUUAAAGUAA